AUGGACAAACAAAGUCUCAGUUAUGCAUCUGUCUUCGGCCUUAUCGAUGAUCUGAAUCUGAAAGGGACACAGUAUUCUUGGUGUUCAUCAAUAUUCUAUAUCGGACAACUUGUCUCUGAAUAUCCUUUUAUUUACUUAAUGAGCAAGCUACCUUUGGCUAAAUUCGUCGGUGUAACGAUCAUUAUUUGGGGUGGUAUAUGCAUGUGUCUUUCAGCUGCUCACAACUAUGCAGGGUUUGCAGCUGUUAGGUUUCUUUUAGGGCUGUCCGAAGGUGCAGUAUCUCCCGCUUUCGUUUCUAUCACGAGUAUAUGGUAUAGAAAGAGUGAACACCCGAUGCGAAUAGGCAUGUGGGUGACGAUGAAUGGCCUGGCACAAGUUAUUGGGUCGUUAUUGAUGUACGGCAUCGGGAAGAAUUCUACACUUAGCCUUGCGCCAUGGAGAGUGUUAUUUCUCAUAUGUGGAUCAUUAACUUCCUUCUGUGGAAUACUAUUCUACAUCCUCAUCCCAAGUGUUCCUGAGAAAGCUUGGUUCCUCAAUCAGCGGGAGAAGGAGGUUCUAAUGCUUCGCAUGGCUAAGGACCGCGAAGGAGGGGACAAGACGCACUUCUCGGUCGAUCAGCUGAAAGAAGCAUUGACUGAUGCUAAAGCUUGGCUCGUGUUCUGGUUCGGUGUGCUCGUCACCAUGCAAUCUCCAGUUUUAACGUUUGCCUCGCUCGUCAUUAAUAAUAUCGGGUAUAACAAGUUUGAAACAAUGUUAUACACGUCCCCGUCAGGAGCUGUUCAGAUCGUCUUCAUUUGGAUCGGUGUACUUGGAUGCUUCCUCAUGCCAAAUAAGCGCUGUCUUGUCGUUAUCUUCCUCAUAAUACCACCUUUUGUUGGAAACAUCCUUCUUUUGAGACUUCCAAUCUCGGCAGGUUGGGGUCUGAUUGUUGCCUCUUGGCUCUCGUCGAUUAUAUCAGAUAUCAUGUCUGUUCUCCUAAGCCUCAGUGCUUCUAACGUUAAAGGGAACACUAAACGUGCCAUUGUGAACACAUUCUUCUUCAUAGGAUAUUGUGCUGGGUGCAUCGGAGGGCCGCAGCUGUGGACGGUGAAACCACGAUACUUCGAAGGUGUUGUCACUGCAAUUGUGACCUGGCUUUUGCUGCUCAUCGCUACAGCGGCAUACUGGUAUCUCUGUGCCAGGGACAAUAGACUCCGAGAUAUAGCGGAGCAAGAAACGACAAGCGUGCCCACUGUGGAAAAGGGACAAGAUAUCACCGACAAAGAGGAUCCCUCGUUCAGGUACAGUUGCUAG